GCGUGCUUUCGACCACGCGCUUUUUGUCUAAAAAAAUUACUUCAGUAUUAUAUUAAUUUAAAGUUUCAGUGGAUAUUUGUGAUAAAAUGUUGUUUAGAAAAUAAAAUGUUAAACCGUUUAGUGAGACAUGGAAGUAUUUUGUUCACAAAACACGAAAGACAUAUCAACAGUGUUGUUUGUUGCAUUCAGUGAGUGAAGUUUGUGAGAAUUGUGAUGAAUUAAACGUAAUUUCAGUCGUGCAACUUGCCGGACCUAAUAUUUGUAUGAAUAGAGAAACCGAGUCGCAGGGCGCGGCCGUCAGGGGGCCGCCACGCACUGUAGUAUGUCCUCUAAGCGCCAAUACGAUCUGGUCACGAGUGAUGAGUAUGAUACCCGCAUACCUCUGCAUUCCGAGGAAGCUUUUCAGCAUGGCAUUUGUUUUCACGCGAAGUAUAUCGGUACGAUGGAGGUACCACGGCCUUCUAGUCGAAUGGAAAUUGUUACAGCGAUGCGCCGCAUACGGUACGAUUGCAAGGCUAAAAAUGUCAAAAAGAAAAAGGUGAAGCUGGAAAUCUCUGUCGACGGUGUUUCUGUCACACUUCGUAGGAAAAGUAAAACUAAACAGGGUUGGGUCGAGGACCGAGGACCGGAGUUAAUGCAGCAUCCAAUAUAUAGGAUAUUUUAUGUAUCGCACGAUAGUAGCGAUUUAAAAAUAUUCAGUUACAUUGCGCGAGAUUUGGAUACUGAUUGUUUUCGCUGUAACGUUUUCAAAAGUAAUAAAAAGAGUCAGGCUAUGCGCGUGGUUCGAACAGUCGGGCAAGCUUUUGAAGUGUGCCAUAAACUGGUAAAUAAAAUGGAUGUUGGCAGUCUCGAGCCUGAGUUAUCGGAAGCCGAACAGUCGUUUAGCGGUGAGGAGAGAACACAACAAGAACCCACGCCAGAACCUGCCCAGGAUAAUGAGAAAGACCGGGAAGAUUUGUUAGUUUCAACCGAUGAGACACCGAAAACUGGACAAGCCAGGGAUAACCGACCAAAGCGGCUAGAAUUGCCAUCAUUACAGACUUCGCUACGGAGAUCUCCAUCGACUUGUGAGCCGAGUACUCUUGCAACACCCGGGCUUGAGAAAUCGACAAAUAUGGCUACCCAGCAUGAAUUGCAACUGCUUCGUGAAAAACUUGAGCAGCAAACUCAGCAAACUCAACAUGCAAUGUCGCAAUUGCUGAUGUUACGAGAUCAGCUAGCAGCCGAGAGUGCAGCUAGAUUAGAAGCACAGGCCCGAACGCAGCAGUUGCUUGUUCAUAACCGAGAACUUCUAGAUCAUAUUGCUGCUCUUGUGUCUCACUUGCAUGAUGUUGAGCGCACUGAUCAACAUGUGCCCUGCACUUCAACACCUCCCAGAUCUCCUGCAUUAAUCAUGCCUCAGUCCGCAGCUGUAACUCCAACAAGUUCACUACCGCCGCAUUCAUCUUACGGCGACAACGGUAGCGGGUCUAGCGCCACUCCGGUUUUGAACCAGUUCCGAUCUAACAACAAUAAUGCAACCGCUUUCUCAUUCCCACUCACCAACAAUUUGAACGCCUUAUUGCAACAUCAUCAUCAGCAGCAGCAGCAGCAUCAUCAGCAGCAACAACAGCUUCAGCAGCAGCAACAACUGCAGUAUUCUCAACCGCAGCAGCCGCAUCACCGGUACCAGCAGCAGCAGCAGCAGCAGCAACCACAACCACAACAACAACAUCAACAUCAAACCCAUGAAGACAACGCUGGACCAUUCAUACGACCAUUAAGCCAAGCGGGCGCACUAACGGCAUUAGACAGUGAUGGUCGUGUGCGCGUUAUUGUACCAGUAGGAAAUAAUAAUCAGAACACUGCAGUCCCUUCGUUAGUUACGUUACAAGUCACCGAUGAAGGCGGGAUUUGCCUGCCUCACAAUGAUACCCUGCAAGUUAAUCCAUUACCGACGCUGGAUAGGCGUACAUGGUCAAGGCACUCGACCAAAUGACUUGUUUGAAAACUCAAACUGUAACAAUAUAAGGUUAUCUGGAUAAAGUAGAUAACCUUAAAAAACGGCAAAGCCUUUAAUACCACUUCAAUUAAUGAAAUUUAUACUGAAAAUAAGAACAUGACCAUCAUCAAUGCAGCGGUUGUACAUACUUUGAUAAAACUACUUUCAUGUAUUUUUAAAUACUUACAAUUUUAAUGAUCGCGAGCUAGCAAUGAAACCGGAGCAGGACGACUGAGAAUUUUUAGCAACUCUCACUAGUGGUCAAAAUAUUCUGAAAUUUUUACAUUAAUCAGUUGAAGGGGUGGGUUUAGUAAGCCAAGCCUGUGGUGUAAAUGGAUAAAACUUGUCGUUACAAGAAAAUAUAUUU